AUCUCUCAGUCAUGGCUGGCGCCUCCCGCAUCCAUGGGCGAUAAGAUACCGGUGUCGGCUCAGGACAGCACGGCCGAGCUGCUGACGCCGCUCGACCUCGGCUCGCGGCCCAAUGGCGAGGCUGAGGUGCGACUGGCCGGCCGCCAUCACAGGCGCGGUGGCCGGUGCUGGUACCGACUCAGCGUACUCGAGAAGAUCCUUCUGCUGGUGGUAGUACUGCUGCUGCUGGGAUGCACCGCCCUCCUACUAAACCUAGCACUCGUUCUUUCCCGCGAACGGUCGAUGCUAGAGCGGGCGCUAAGCGCAGGAUCAGUCUCAAAAUCUUCUGCCGUCAACUCCAAGCCCAACUCCAACUCCGACCCCAGCCCGGAGCCGGAGCGAUGUCUGACUCCUACGUGUCUGCGCGUGGCCUCGCGCGUGCUGGACCGGAUGGACCUGACUGCCGAGCCGUGCACGGACUUUUACCAGUACGCGUGCGGCCGGUACGUGCGCACCCACGCCGUACCCAGCGACGCCUUCUCCAGCUCCAGCCUACAGCAGAUGCAGGAGCAGAUGCUGGUCGACAUCAAAAAGCUCAUUGAAGACCAUGAAGUAUCAGAAGACAUACCAGCUAUCAAGAAGGUGGAGAAGCUUUACUACUCUUGCGUCAACAUCAGCAAGGACCCAGCCACGGAUCUGGAACUGACCCGGGCCGUGGUCGGGGUGGAGCUGGCCCGGCUGGGUGGCUGGCCGCUGAUCGACCCCGACUGGGAGGCGGAGCGGUUCAACCUGACCGACCUCAUCACCCGGCUGCACAGUGUCAAGGUCUACAGUCUCCUCGAGGUGCACGUCAACUCGGACUCGCGCGACACGUCCACCUACAUCAUGCAGCUGUUCAAGGGUUCGCCGCUGAUUGAAGAGGACUACCUGCUGAACAAGACGGACGCCCACGCGCGUCGGAACCUGGCCGCCUACCGCCAGCUGCUGAAGGACACUCUGGCGGUACUGGCCGACCCCUCGUCCGACACCGACCAGCAGGCCAAGGAGAUGAUCGACUUCGAGAUCGAGUUCGCCAAGCUGCUGAGUCAGACCUCGUGUGAAGACUCCUCGGUGCUGCUGAACACCACUGACUCAGACGUCCAGCUGGCGGAGCAGAGUCGACUGACUCUGCAGGAGCUCACCGAGCUCACACCCUACUUUGACUGGUCGGCGAUGCUGCAAAACUUUCUAGCGGUGAACAACAUCAGUCACGACAUGCAGAUCGUCGCCGUAGACUGCAAGCCGUUCGUCCAGGCGGUCUCGAAGUUCGUCAACAGCAGUCCAAAACGAGUGGUAGCCAAUUACCUGGUUUGGCGCUUUAUGUUCAAGAACAUUCGCUUCAUGGGCCAGCAGCUGCACGAGAUUUGGCAGGAUUUCCGAAAACAGGUCCCUAAUCUAUACGAAGAGCGGGUCUAUUCGGUAAGAUGGAAGGGAUGCGCGGAAUUGGUGGAGAAAGGUCUGGGAAACGUCCUCUCCUACAUGUACAUCCAGCAUUACGAUAAACACGGAAUUAAAGCCAAGGUGGAAGAGAUGAUCCAUCAUGUCAAACAAGCUUUCCGGGAGAGCCUUCUUAGCGAAGACUGGAUUGAAGCAGACAUGAAAGCAGCGCUAGUCAAAAAGCUAGACAUGAUGGGUCAGAAGAUUGCGUACCCCAACUCCGUGCUGAACAUUACUGCUCUCAAUGAGGAGCUGGCCGAUCUGCAUUUCGACGACCAGCACCUACUGAAUAACGUGCUGCGACUGCGGAACCACGAGGUGCUUCAAGACCUGCAGAAGCUGCUGCGGCCGGUGGACAAGGACAGAGAUUGGGUUGUUAGCCCAUUGCAAGUAAAUGCAUUUUAUUCGCCCAUGCACAACGAAAUAUUGUUUCCACUCGGCUUUCUGCAAGAGCCGUUCUUUGGCUUGGAUUAUCCAGCCCUGGCCAACUUUGCUAACGUGGGUGUGGUCAUCGGGCACGAGCUAACGCAUGGGUUCGACAACCACGGUCGUCGCCACAACUGGGGAGGAAACGUGACCAACUGGUGGUCAGAGAAGCUGCUGACAGACUUCACCAGGCGCGCCAUGUGCAUCGUCAAACAGUACUCCAAAUAUAAACUGGAUGUCGUCGGCAAAAACGUGGACGGUAACAAGACGGUGGGUGAAAAUAUGUGUGACGGAUCCGGUCUGAAGCAGGCCUUCAACGCGUGGCGGAUGUAUCGACAGGGCCAUCCAAUGGAACCCAGCCUGCCCGGCCUGAACAUGACCGACGAGAAACUCUUCUUCGUAUUCUACGGGCAGAUCUGGUGCGAGGUGGUGAGUCGCGAGGGCUGGGAGAAGUACGCUGUCGACCCGCACAGCCCGGGUCGGUACCGGGUGAGCGGCGUCCUGCAGAAUUCACGCCAGUUCGCCGAGACCUUCAAAUGCCCGGUCGGAUCACCAAUGAACCCACUAGAGAAAUGCGAUGUCUGGACCUAAAGAACCAGUCGCUGUCUCCCCACUAGCAGUUGGAGGGGCCCUCCGGGACGUCAUCUCUGUAUAAGGAAUGGAUUUUUAUGCGUUUCCGCGGAAUAGCGUUAGACAAAAGAAAGGAGACAUGUUCUUUUUUUCUUAAUGAGGUGAGCUGCUUAUUUUUGACGCUUUCCAAACUACGGUUCGUCUAAUGGCUUUGACUGCUAUUUGUCGUUAAAGUCAACGUACUUGAUUCAUUACAAUCGAAGAUGGAUGCACAAAUAGAAUGCCAAAAUGAUGGGCGAUGAAGUCCUCAUAAGCGCACAAAGGAGGCAUCGCAGGUGUGUGCGACCGCGUGUGUGCUCUAUUCACUCUCAGAUCUCUAACGUGACCUCUUCUGCGCUCGAAGUACAACUGGCAGCAGGAUGUCACACGUAUAGUCAAUGAAUUGUAGGUUGCUAGUGAUGAUUGGCAGGGGAAUUUUAUUCUCCGCAUUUGUUGCAGUGGGUGAGUGCAGGCGCUUUGCUAGGUGAGAGGAACGUAUGCGUGAGUGUAAAUGUGCCAGAUAUUUCACCAGUUCUUACAGAGUCGGCAGGCCGCUCUCAUCUCUACUCUGUCUGUAUACUUCUGCUCUUCUUGUGUGGUCAUCAACCGGCCAGAGAGUAAAGUCCAUAAGAAUGUGCGUUCCUUGUGUCCGAUGAAUUUCAUGGAAAUAUGGUUAUUUCAUGUAGCUAUAAUAAGGAGUAACAUACAAGUAGUUUAUAUUGUAAGCAGUAUUAUAUAUUAUAUAAGUUAUUAUAAGCAGUUUCACCAGGAUGACCAAUUAUAUUUUCAACCUUUGAAAUAUCUCACCGUCUCAUAAAACAUGACACAAAGACAACUUCUCAAACUAAGCCAUCUCAUGUUAUGAUAUGUUAUAGCACAGGGAAAGAAAUAUAAGAGUAAAGGCUGUUAAACAAGAGUAACGUAUGGUGCAUUAUUUCUCUUCUGAGCGUUGAAACACAACUUUUCAUGUUGUAACUGGUGUAAGUAUAUCAAAACUUUUAAUGAGAUUCAACAUCAACUUCAGUUCAUUCAUUCUGUU